AUGAGUUGGUUGUAUAAUACACUUGCAAAAACUCCAAUCUUUAGCAAUCUAAACCAUCUUGGAAGAGGCAAACAUUACUUAAACGAAGCGCGAGAAGCGCGUGACCAAAAAAACCUUAUAUCUUCUUUUUCGGCGUACGAUAAAGCUAUUAAGAAUCUCGAAAAAGCUUAUAACAAUCAUUCUACUUAUAGUGAUAUCGAGGAAAUUCUAACACAGACACGCAAAGAAUUUGAAGAGAUUAAAAAAGAACUAUAUUUAUUCGAAAGGAAUCAUCCACCAAAUAGAGAGCCUGAGUGUGAUAACUUUAUCGGAAACAAAUUUUUUCAAAACAAUUAUUGCAUUCCAGAGAAAAAUCUAUCUCUAGAUGAAGAUAAGGACCCACGUAAUACUCAGCAAUUGGCUUGCGAGCUACACCGAAGAAAUUUAUCAAAUGAACAAAAAAAGGAAUUAUGCAAAUUGGCACUAGAAAUUAUCGAGAGAUUUGCUAAAAGAGAAUCUACAACUUUAGAAUUAGUACAUGAAGUAAUGGCAUUAGCACAUUUGCCAGAAGAAGAAAGAGAACUUUACAAAAAUUUAGUAAAUAUCUUCAUUAAAAAAAUUAAAAACUCAGAUUUAUUCUUUCCAUCAUUAUUGGAGGGUUUAUCUCAUAUUAUCCGUCAAGCAAAUCCAAACCAUCGAGAAGCUGAUGAUUUGGUUGGCAUUUUAGAAGUAUUAAACGAAAAAUUUAAAAAUCUUCGUGCCCAAGAUCAGAAUCGACAGAUUGAAAUGCUGCGAAUAUUGGGGGGACUAUUUGAUGCGAUGGCUGAUUGUAAAGUACAAGAUCUUGAAUAUGAAACAUUAUACAAACCCUUAUAUGAUACUCUUAAAGAAUUAAAAAGCAAUAGUAAUCAUGAACUAGCUUAUCACGCAAAGUAUGCCUGCCAAGCCUUAAUUUGCAUACCAACUAAUAAAAGUCCAUGGAAGGAAUUCCUGCAAUUCGUUCAAGGAAUAGCUAAACUUGCAGUUGCAGUUAGAAAUAUAGAUCCUGGAAAGCUACCAGAUGCCUUCAAAGAACUUAGUGAAGGGCUUGAAAGUAUUAAAAAUGUAAUAGAAACUUUGGUAGAUUUAGUUAAAGAGAUUCAAUCAGCCAAAGAGGCAAGUGAUGAUAUAAAACAAAUUAUCAACUGGGAGAUUCAGCAUGAAUGGUAUCGAGCCUUACGAUUUACUGAUUUAUUUAUUCAAAGUCAGAAGUUUGCAAGCUUGGAGCAGUUUAUUUACAAAAUUCCAUGUCGUAAAGACGACAAAUUUUUAUGGGGCUUAUGCGAACGGCUUGGACGAAUUGUAGCAGAUUCUGAAUUGAAUAUUGACAUUCGCAAAGGUGCUAUAAACUUUCUAAAUAAUAUUCGUUUAAACAAAGACCAUUGGGGGUAUCAUCCAGAAUUAGAUAAAUGGAAUAAAUGGAUCUUAGAACCUACAGAACUGAAAAUUUCUGCUUCAUCAUUUCCGACUAUCUUACUAGGUGAAAUUUUAGUAGACAAACAUGUGCGUCUCACUCAGCUGAAUGACUUGAAAGAAAGCAGAAAAGAAAUGCCAGAUCAAUUAAAUGAAUUAAAAAACCAAUUUUUUUCAGAUGUUGAUAAUGAAUUUGAAGAAGCCAUGGAACUGUAUGUCAAACCACAGGGAACAUGGAAAGUAUCAAUUAUAAAACGAUCUGAUGGUAGUGAAGAAAUGACUUCUGAAGACGUAGAGGGUGAUGUAGAAGAAGUAGUCUAUAGAUUUUUCAAAUCAAAGGAUGAACUGAACUCAAAUGACAAAGAAGCUUUGGAGGUAGCUAUUAAUAAGCUUUCAAAUUCUAAGGAUGUAACAUCUAUAAUAGAUGCAGUUAAUAGCUGUUUUGCUAUUGAAAAUAAAUUAACUUUGGAAGAUGAAAGCAUUCUGAAACAAGUAGCCAAUCAAUUUUUGGAUUUAAAAGUUAAUAAGGCAUCAAAACUUCAAGAGAUAAUAACAAACAAAUUUUUACAUUCUUCAAUGAAUAAAGAAUUACUAACAGAAGUGAUCAAUAAUGUUUUGAAGGAAAAUCCAAUAAUCUUAGAAGAUGAGGAUAUAAAAUUUCUAGAAAGAGAAGCAAAUAAAUAUUCAAAUUUAAAUGAUAAAAGUAAUUUUGAAAGUGCGGUGAAUAAGUUUCUAGCUUUUAAAGCUGAAAAAAAAUUGAAAAUUACUAUUAAUGGAAUAGUGGCUUCAAAAUGUAAAAUGGUACUAUUGAUAUUGGGUGUAGGGGGUACGGGUAAAUCAACUUUUGGUCGCUAUUUGGCUCGUCGCCUAUGGCAAGAAUAUGGCCAGUUCAACACGUUGCAAUCGCCUAUCCCUUUAUUUAUACCAUUAGCACGACUAAAAGAAGGAAUGUUUAAUAGUAAUGAAGACUUUAUUGAACUUUAUUUAAAAGAAAAAUGUAAAUUAUCUUCAGAUAAAAUUAAUGCCUUACGGGAAAGAAAGUUUAUAAUUAUUUUAGAUGGUUAUGAUGAGAUUGUUGAACGCGAAAGUAAAUGCUACAUCAAAAAUCAAUUUAAUAAAUGGAAAAAUGCAAAAAUUAUUAUUAGUUGUCGACCCGAGUAUUUGG